GAUUCCUUACUUUAGUUUAGUUUAGAACUCGUGUUUACCUUUGUCAGCGAUAGUUUGUAAUUAUGUUUGCGUUUGUUUAAAUUUUAGUUUUGGAGUGAUGAACUAUAAGAUUCCUUCAUUUAAUUAAGUUGGUAAUCAUGAAAAGAUAUCGGUACAUGCAACCUGGAGCUAAGAAAAGUAAUUUUUUUCGUCGUUUACGUUUCUUUGAUUCUGGGGAUGAAACUGAUAAAGCUGAAGAUGACACUCCCCUUGAUGACAUACCACCAACUGACCAAAAUGAAGGAACUAAAAGCUCUGAAGAUGAUAAAACAGGUGUUAAACGCCAGCUCAGCUUUGCUGUUUCCGAAACCUUGGGGGAUGAUGUCGUUUUACGAAGGUUCAUGGCUACAGAAGGAAUAUUAAGUUUCUGGAAAAAUUUCGCUUAUGAGGAGUGUGGUCGUCCAUUUCUUAGAGCAUCUCAUGAUGCUAAUAUGGAAUAUGUUGCCAAUAUAUUGCACAGAGAAUGGAAAAUUAAGAGUCCCAGGAUUGUGCUUGUUGUAGUUUCUAAUGUUGCCCCUUUACAUACAUGGACGAAUAAAAGACAACUAGAACAUUUUCAAGCUGGUCUUAUAAAGGCUGCUAACACCACUGAGAUGUGGAUUUUUACACAAGGGGUCAACAUUGGAAUUACUAAAGUGAUUGGAGAUGCGGUACACAAUGAGCUUUUAAGGCGGCAGGCACUUCGCUGCCAUAAACAUCCAAAUAUGUCUGGCCCAUCCUUACCACCUUUGACGCUAGUGGGUGUCACUAGAGAGGAUCUCCUCACCUAUGGAGAUAUGUUGGAUGGUCGAGUGUCAAGAGUGGAAAUUGAAAAUGAAGGAAACAAGCUGGAAGAAAACAAGUUUGAAUUAAAUCCUGACCACUCCCAUUUUAUUGUCGUUAGGGACAGCACAAUAAAUAAAACAGGAAUAAAUCAUUUCUUAAUGAAAUUAGAACAUUACUUAGCUUCGUCUGAAUCUCUUCACUGUGAUAUUAAUGCUUCAACACCAAGAAAACACCCUGAUGUUUGCUCCUUAUCCACAAAUGAGAUUCCUGUUGUUGCACUUUUAGUUCAGGGCGGUUUUGAUUGUGCUCGAUUAAUUUUGGAACAUUUAAAAAAGCAUCUUCCUGUUGUAUGUGUGCGUGGUAGUGGUGGACUUGCAGAUCUCUUAGCUUACGCAUACUAUGAAGUCUCAGAAAGGCCAAGAGGGAUUCAUGAUGCUGAAUACAUUGAAAAUUCUUUGAAACCUGCUCUAUCUAGCAAAAUAGCUCAUCAUUUCGUGCAGUUCAGAGAGAAUAGCCUUGCAAGAAAUAUGUUUCGUGACAGAAUUAUGGAGUGUGUUCGAUAUGUUCAUCAGAAUGGGCAAGCUAACUUAACAAUUAUAAACCUGUACAGUCAUACUUGCAAUCUUGAAGAUUUAGAUGAACAUUUAUUAUGUGCACUUUUUAAAUCUCAAAGACCUGACCAAACAAAUUGGCAUGCUCAGAUGCAAAAAGAUUUACUUUUGACUUUGGAUUGGAACAGUCCACAUGUAGCCAUGUCAGAAGUAUUCUUAAAAGACCCCUCUAGCAAAUUUAAAGUGGAUAAAAUGAUUUUUCAGCAAGCUUUGACUAGAUCUAAUCGGGAAGACUUUGUUGAUUUGUUUUUGAAACAGGGCUUCCAGAUACAUAAGUACUUAACUCCAAAAAGAUUGAGAUUUCUUUUUUUAAAAUCUCAUAGGCAAGAGUUUUUUCGUUCUGUCUGCUGGGAAGGAGUUCUUGGACAUGGAUUGACAACCAGGAUAGGAAAAAAUUUCAUUGAGACAGAUCUGAAUUUACUGAUUGAGUUACUAACUGGUAUUCGAAGUUUCAUUCUAACUCAGGAUAUGUCUGUGAAUGCCAUGGGACUGUAUGUCAGCGAUCCAACGUCGGCUGAACGCAAAUCGCUGAGUAUUUUGAUGUUGUGGGCUGUCUUUACGAAUCGUUCUAAACUUGCUAAAGUCUUGUGGCGACAUUCUGACCAGCCAAUACACAUAGCACUAAUCAUUUCAAUGAUUUAUGAAAAUUUAGAAGCUUAUGUAGAUUCUAAUCUUAGGCAAGAGAUUCAUUCUCUUAGCAGGGAAUUUUCUGAAAUGGCAACAGGUAUACUAGAUGCUAGCUACAAAGAUUCCUCUUGUAGGGCAUAUGAUGUCUUGAGUGAAGAAAACAAAGACUGGUCCUACAAAACUGCCGUUGAUAUAGCAGCAAAUGCAAAGAAUCGCACAUUUUUGUCUCAUCCAUGCUGUCAGAAAUGGCUUUCUACACUGUUUCUGGGAAAUAUUAGAGUUCGAGAUGUUACAUGGGGAGUCGUAACAUUUCCUCAAUGGUUUAAAGUAGUUCUGUGUGCCUUUUUUGUAUUUCCCAUGUACAUCUGGAUACGGUUUAACAUUGAGCCAUUGCAUUCCUGGGAUUUACAUGUAGCAUCAGAAGGUGACUCUGAUGAAGAUCAUGAUGAAAGAGAUGGAGAGGAAGAAGUAUUGAUCGAUUCUAAUCAAGGAAAAGAUGAUUUUCUUCGACCUCGGCCAAGUGUUGUUGUUCUGAAAAAUCCAGAAAAAGGUCCCUUUGAUUUCACCGGUGGUCUUCAUCAUGAACAAGUGGCCACAUUGCUUCGAGAAAAAGAAGUCUUCAUUCGUUCUCCACUUAGUAUUUGGAAAAUGAUAUUCCUCAUGUGGAGUGCACCUAUCACUAAGUUUUGGACAUUUCAGAUAUUUUACAUGAUAUAUCUGGGGUUUUUCAGUAUGGCUGUUUUGUGGCCAUCUUGUGGAAAUAAAGAGCUAGACAUUAUUGUGUGUUCAUGGACAACUCUCAUACUAAUAGAAUACAUUAGACGUACUUAUAUUUUAUACAAAAAAUAUACAAGCGUGCCUUUGUUUUACAAGUGUAUAGAAAUACUUCUAAUAAUCGUGUUCAUCAUUUUAUAUGUGCUUGGGAGAAUUUUAAAUGUAGGUGAUAUUUUUACGCCCUAUACAGGAAAGGUGAUUUUGUGCAUUGGAUUGCUGUAUUUUUUCUACAGGCUUAUAGCCAUAUAUCUUCCUAUAUCUCCUACACUUGGACCUCUCCUAUAUCGAGUUCGUUUAAUGGUGUUUGUUGACUUUGUUAAUUUUAUGAGAAUGACCUUAUUAGUGAUUAUCAGUGGUGGCAUCGUCAUUCAAGCAGUUUUGUAUCCUGAUUACCCCCUUUCGAUUGAGCUGUUCAGGAAAGCUUUUCACAGGGCAUGGUUUUCACUUUUCUUGACUCCCAUUGGAGAGUUGGAAGGUGAAGAUAGGUGUAAUGCCACUAAAAUGCAUUCCGAAGAGUAUUGCAUUAUCGGAAAGUUCUCCGAUUAUACUUGUCCUAACACUGGACUAUGGCCUUAUCUCUUCUCCAUUCAAUACUUUGUGUUUCUCAAACUUAUCCUGCUAACCUUGCUUUAUGCUUUAUUCAGUGCUACUGCCUCUAAAUUACAAUCUGAAACUGAUGCCAUAUGGAAAUUCCAGCGUUACCAGCUAGUUGUUGAUUUUGCCAAUCGCCUUCGUCUGCCGCCACCACUUAGCAUUUUCAGCUACGUAAUUACUGUUUUCACGUGGUUAUACAAGUGUUUUUUAUGCAGAUUCUGCAGAAGUCGAGAUGAAAUUGAUAAAAAUGCAUUUUUUGAUUCAUCAAAAGGCCGUUUAUCAGAAAGAGAUUAUAAUUAUUGGCGUCAGUUGGCUCAGGAAUAUUCAAAGCAAAAAAGUGAAGAAGAAAUUGAAAAGCAAAUAACAAAGAAGCAAAUGGAUAUAAUGAUGACUAUAACUGAGGAUGUUGACUAUCAGAAAAAAAUAAUGCACCAACUGAAAAGUCGCUUGAAAGAGUUGGACAGGAUGAUGACACAUUCUCAUGUAUAUUUAGAGAAUAUAAAACAUCUUACUGAGAAAAUUCAGGAGCGUGGACUACAAAGUCAAGUAUCACUUCACAUCUUAUCCCGACACACUCCCUAUCCUGGUACAAGUGUGCAACGUUAUCCUGUUCCUGACAAGUAUGUACCAUGGGAAGUCAUGUGGACUGAGUAUGAUCCGGUUGCCUAUACAAAACCAAGAUCUGAUUUUGAUGUUCUUCUUCAAUCAUUUGUUGAUGAGGAUGUCCUUUUACUUCGAGCCACUCAGGAUAUAGACGAUGAACGACUUCCUGUGUUUCAGUGGAACUGUUUGUCAUCAAAUCCUGCUGGAAUAAGUAUUGAUCGAACAUCUUGGAUCUUGGGAGAGAGUGGAACAAACAUCGUUUACAAGUUAGAUAGUGAGUGUGUACCAAGAAAUAUUUAUGGAAGGACUGGCUUAAGAGGCAGAGGAGCGCUGUGUCGUUGGGGACCCAAUCAUUUUGUUUUAGCUAUCAUUACUAGGUGGCAAAAAAGUGGAGGAAGAGGAUUAGAAUUUGUUGUCAUGAGGGGAGAGAAAAGAGGACAGAUUUCACUUCCUGGAGGAUUUGUACCAGGUGAACAACGAUACGUUAUACUGCAAUCUCUUUUCAAACAAAAAGAAACCAACGCCCCGAUAUGGAAAUCCCAUGAAGAUAUGCUGGAGUUCUUCAGGAAUUGCUGUGAGACACUUCAAGAAGAUGAGGAAGUCCCCACUGAAGUCAAAUGUGAAAUGGUCAAAAGAGGUUACAUGGAUGAUCCAUGGAAUACUGACCAGGCAUGGCGUGAAGUGGAAUUAUGGCACAUUCAUUAUGGAGGAAAUGAAACCUUAUCUCAAUAUUUCCAACAAUCUCUAUCUUGGAGACUCAUAACUGAAGAUGUUUUCAUCAAGCUGCCCUCAGGUCAAGCUGUGCUUCUUCAAGAUAUUACCCAAAGACUGCAACCCAUCAUUUUUUAACAAAUUGCAAAAUCUAAAAUUGUAAUUGUGUGCUACUAGACUUUUAAGCUGACAUUUUUUGGAGUCAUAAUUCACAAAAGCUAUUGAGCCAAGCUCAAAUAAUUUUAGGGGUUUUAAAAAAUUAAUAAAUGUAAAAAUAUUUAUUGUAGAUAUUUUAGUUUAUAUAUCUUUUACACUGAUUGAAAUAUCCAUCUUUUUUUCGAAUGUCAUCGACAUUUUGCCAUCUCCCAGGCAUAUUGGAAAGU